AUGAAAGGAAGCUCGAUUACUCACGACAAUUGUGCCAACGUGGACUUGACGAACCAGUGGCCCUUGUGCGCCCAGCGAACCUAUGCCCGGCAGUCCGCUUUCGACAGUGUCGGGACCGCCAGCGGCGCCCAUACAAAGAAUGAAGGUUUCGAUCUGCCAGGUCCAUUAAGUGAACUGACCCAGACCAUGACACACAUUCCCGUCCGAGACAUGCAUUCCUGGGUCCAGCGGCCGAUUGAGGAGCGUCGUCAGGAGAUUCUCAAAAAGAAUGGCAGGAUUCCACGGCCGAUGAACUCGUUCAUGCUGUAUCGGUCGGCGUACGCCGAUCGAGCGAAGUUCUUGACGACCGCCCACAAUGAUCAUCAGAAAGUGUCCAUUAUCACAGGAAUCAGCUGGAACAUAGAGACCCCAAAGAUUCGCAGAACGUACAAGAUCCUUGCAAGGAUUGAGAAAGAAAAUCAUGCUAGGGCGCACCCGGAUUAUCACUUUUCGGCAAGUAAAAAGAGAAAGCCGUCUUUGGCCAGAACGCAUUCAAAGAAAAAGGCACGGAGCUCAGCCCAGUUGCUGCCCAAGUUAUGCCAGGCUUCCGAUUCUAUCCAGCCUUCUGCUCUGCUAGAUGAUGCUGAAGCCAAUGGCUGCAUGACACGAUAUCGAGUUGCAGAGCAUGGGCUGCCGGUAGAGAGCAGCUCAUACUGGGCGGAAAGCUUACAAAGACCGCAUAUCGGUGACUCUGCCGGCUGCGAUUGGCCGUCCUAUUCCCCGAAGGUCUGGUUCGGACAAGAGCCAACACAGUCUAGCAUGGUGAAUAUGUGGCUCGGGCUGGCCAGCUGGGAGGACAUCCAGCCUUCCUUGACAACAGUCUCCGGACAACGACGAAUGGCUAAUUCCGGCCAUCUGCCGCCUCGAUCCUCAGCCUCUGGGUCUGAACUCGCUGAUAUUCAGUCUAAUUCAGAUUCCCUCUCUGUCCGGUACGCAACGUCACCGGACACGGUUCACCGGAGCGAGCUGCACGAUUGUGACGUUCUGGACUAUGGGCAAGACGUUGGAUGGUAG